AUGAGCGAUUUCAUCUUUGUAAAGUCCUCCCGACUUGCGCAGGUCAUGCAACUCCUCGCGCGUGCUGGCUUCGACCUCUACUCGUCCGACCCGAGUAAUUUCACUGCGCAGGUCCGUGAUGAGGCGGAGGAGGCAGACGACGAUCUGCGCACGCCCGCCAUCCCACCCCGCCCAGCGAUGACCCGCUCGCAGUCUCACUCGCCCUCGGGGUGCGAUGUGAGCGUGCUGGCGCCGGACCUGACGUAUGUCGGCUUGAGGGACGACAGCGCCGAGACAUGGGGGCUGAAGAUCGUCAAGCUUGUUGCAUUCCCCGAGUUGAUCACGGUGGACACAGUCCUAACCACCGACACUGUUCGGCCUCCCGCCGCCGGGCCUCGCGAACGCUCGGCAUCCGUAUCAUCGUCUGCGUCUUCGUGCGCGAGCAUCAUUUCUCCGCCCCCUGUACCCUUCUUCUCUUUCACGCGGACGGCGGAGGGUUCGUCACUCACGGCCCCUGUCGAGCUACUGGCGGCACUCUUCCCACCGAGCGAACGGCACAUGGUCAUCUGCAGCGACGAGCUGGACGUCCUGGACUCGCGCGCAGUGUCGCCGACAGCUGACCCAGGUGCGGAGGAGGAUGAGGAAGACGACGAUGAGGGCGCGCGGGAGGCCCAGGGACCGAUGCGGUGCCUGCAGAUCGAUUUGCGAAAGUUCGGCCUAGGUCAGUGCACCCCAAUCAAACCCUAA